CGCUCGCGAUUGGCCGGUUUCGUGCAACGCUCCCCAUAACGUCCCGCCAGCUGUUGAAGUUACGUUUGUUUUAAAUCAAACGGCAACCGAACCGCCCGAACGGGAUCCCCGUGUGUGCGUGCCGGAGGCGCCCGUCCGUUUUCCCGCGACUCUCUGUGAUGCACGGAUAAAAGGAAAAACUGUGAAGAAGCGGGACGAUUUCGUUCGCGGCACGCAGAGAAAAGCGGGACGGGCGCGCGCGUUCCUUAUUUCGGCGGAGGCACUCUUUCUUCUCCCUUCUCCCGGUCUGUCGGAUAAAUAAGUAUUCGCGUGUGCGUCGUCUCCGGCGGUUUCGAGAUCUCCCGAUCCCCUACACGUUAUUAAAUACGGAAUAACCGCGACGAGUAUCGUGUCGGUCCUCUAUCCUCGUCCAGAGAGCGCGUCGUCGUCGUCGUCGUCGACGGAAAACGAUGGCCACGAUCAGGGUGUACCAGGAGGAUCAGGAGAAUCGCGUCGGCGCCGACGUGCGCGGUCGCGGAAAGGAGAACCUCGUUGCUGCCACGAGCGCACAGACUCAACAGGGGUUCCAAGCGAACAAACGCGCCGUCCUCGGCGUGCUGCACAAUAAUUGCCCGCGACACGGCACGAAGCUCCAGGAGACUCACAAAGAUGAAAAAUAUACAAGCAAAUUAAAACCAUUUAAUCCCACACAAUCUGACACAAUCACACAGUCUUUCAAAAUUUAUGAUGAUAAGAAAGAUGAGCCAGUCUUCAAGAUUUAUGAGGAUAAAUUGGAAGAAGAAACAUCUGUUGUACUUAGGGACUCUAUGGAAAAGAAAGAGACUACAGUUGUGCACGAAAUAGUGGCAAAAUCCAAUAAAGAGCAGCCGAGAAUAGACAUAAUUACUACAAGCAGUGUUAAUUUUGCAACAUUUCGUAGUAGCAUCGAAGAAAUUUGUCAAAAUAAAGAAGAUAAUAUCUUUUCAAAAGAUAGUCCCAUGUCUUUGGAGAAGCCAUUGGAGAAGUCUCUGACGAAUAGCAGUUCUUCUAACAAAGAAUAUAAAACCAGAAGAGAAUAUAUUAAGGAAAUGAGAACUAAUUUCUUUGAUGUAGACGAAUACAGGGCUGAUAUAUAUAAUUAUUUACGUGUAUCGGAAACACUACAUAGACCAAAACCUGGUUAUAUGAAGAAACAACCCGAUAUUACAUAUUCGAUGAGAUCUAUAUUGAUAGAUUGGCUUGUGGAAGUAGCUGAAGAAUAUCGAUUGCAAGACGAGACACUAUACUUGGCUAUUUCAUAUAUAGAUCGUUUCUUAUCAUAUAUGAGCGUUGUAAGAACAAAAUUACAACUUGUUGGGACUGCUGCUAUGUUUAUAGCGGCGAAAUACGAAGAGAUUUAUCCUCCCGAGGUAGGAGAAUUUGUAUAUAUCACAGAUGAUACAUACACAAAGACACAGGUGAUAAAAAUGGAGAACUUAAUACUGAGGGUUUUAUCAUUUGAUCUAACUGUACCCACACAUUUCACAUUUCUAACGGAAUACUGUAUCAGCAACAAUUUGUCGGAUAAAAUUAAAUUCUUGGCAAUGUAUUUGUGCGAAUUAUCAAUGCUCGAGGCAGACCCAUACUUACAAUAUAUGCCCAGCCAUUUGGCUGCGUCCGCAUUGGCUUUCGCGCGACAUACAUUGCGGGAAGAGAUCUGGCCACACGAAUUAGAGCUAUCGACAGGAUAUGAUCUGAAAACUCUUAAGGAAUGUAUCACAUACUUGAGCAAGACCUUUCGCAAUGCCCCCAAUAUCCCACAAGUAGCAAUACAAGAGAAGUAUAAAAACAGCAAGUAUGGUCAUGUGUCUACGCUUUUGCCUCGUAGUACUGAGGCGAUAUGCGAGGACGAAGAUGAAGAGGAAGGGAUUUAGUAAAGGAUAUUCUGGAAUGGAUGCGACAUUAAAGCGAUUUUUCUAUAUAUAAAUUGCUAAUUGAAUCUCCCACUCUCUGACUUGAGAGUCAUAUAUGUCGAUUGUGAAAAGGGGAUUAGGGUAAGACUGACCUAUAAGAUGGAAAGCAUAUACGGUUUAUUUCUGUUAGCUUAUUUUGGUCUAGUCGAUACGUUUUGCGAAAGCAAGACAUGCCUGGCUCUCCUAUCUUCAUUACACACUUUUACAGAGAUAGAUUGUGGUCACAUCAAAAUUGUAAUAAUUGUUUCGGGAGCUUUGUCAUAUUUUCAAAAUGCGAAGUUCUAGAGAAAAAGAGAGAGAGAGGGAGAGAUAGAAAGAGAAAAAGAGAAAAAAU